UGAGCCGCUCGAGCCGGUUGCUCGAGCACCAUCAACAGCAGCAGCAUCGCUGGGACUGAAGCAGGUUGUUUGGGGACUGAAUGUCGUACUGACUUCUGAGAGCACUCGCAGCCGAGACGGGGGACGAGGACAGAGACGCUGUUAGGAUGGCUUCAAACUUCAACGAUAUAGUGAAGCAGGGCUACGUGAGGAUUCGGAGUAAGAAACUGGGGAUUUUCAGAAGAUGCUGGCUUGUAUUCAAGAAGGCGUCCAGUAAAGGACCACGGCGAUUAGAGAAAUAUCCAGAUGAAAAAGCCGCUUACUUCAGAAGCUUUCACAAGAUUACUGAGCUCCACAACAUUAAGAAUGUUACUCGAAUGCCACGAGAGACCAAGAAACACGCAGUGGCAAUUAUUUUCUGCGAUGAGACGUCAAAGACAUUUGCCUGUGAGUCAGAGCUGGAGGCUGAGGAGUGGUGGAAGUUAUUGUGUUUGGAGUGUCUGGGCAGCAGACUUAAUGACAUCAGCCUGGGAGAACCGGACUUGUUAGCAGCAGGGGUGCAGAGGGAACAGAACGAAAGAUUUAAUGUUUACUUGAUGCCGACGCCAAACCUGGACAUCUACGGGGAGUGCACAAUGCAGAUCACCCACGAGAACAUCUACCUUUGGGACAUCCACAAUGCCAGAGUCAAGCUGGUCAUGUGGCCGCUCAACUCCCUGAGGAGAUACGGCAGAGACUCGACCUGGUUCACAUUUGAGUCCGGGAGGAUGUGUGAUACAGGGGAAGGUUUGUUCACAUUUCAGACCAGAGAAGGUGAGAUGAUCUAUCAGAGAGUUCACUUUGCCACGCUGUCCAUCGCCGAGCAACAUGAACGCAUGAUGAUGGAGAUGGAGAAGAGCUCACAGACUCUUUCAAACGAGAGCACAUUAACAAAGUCGAUAUCUCUCCCGCGAAGCGCUUACUGGCACCACAUCACGCGUCAGAACAGCGUGGGAGACAUUUGCAAUUACCAAGAGCUCACUGCCAGCUCAGAUCAUCUGUGGCAUGGUACCCUGACUGCAAUUUCCUAAGGUGAUGGAAACACACGUGGAUGGUGUUGGCAGGUCACUGGGGCCACAGAGGCAUAACAUGUUUACCAAGCAUGCAGGACAAGGGAUGCUUCGACUGCCCUUGGGUUCAUACAGGCUCCCUCAAAUCCGCUUACAUCAAAAGUGUGACAUCGGGAUGAGAGGACACCUUCUGUGCUGCCUGAAUCAUGUACCAAAGCAGGAGCACUUAGUUCUGCCACACUCAACCCUCCUCCAACACACCCUCCUGGAAUUUUCAGGAAAACACAAGGGUGAUCAGAUGUUCGGGGUGAGGAGGGUUGGAAAUAAACUCCAUUUCAUCUUCACCUAGUUCACACAAUUAAAGAUGCAGACACUUUAGGCUCAAGUCAUGUAGGUGAUGUCAAAAUGAUUGCUAAGCAAAGCAUUAUGUGUGGACUAGUAAGGUUAGGGUCUCCAAAAUUAAGCCGAAUAUACAUAAAAUCAGUACCUCAAUCACUCAGAUAUCUGCAUUGUAUCAGCGCAUUAAGAAAUAUCCACUGAAUUACAUCUUAUCUGCUUUACAAAAUCUUAGUAUUCAGUACUGUAUUACAGUAAGUUAUAAACACAAACAAAUGUUCUAGUAUGAAUAGUAAAGCAAAUGUUUCAACAUACCUGUACAAACGAAACAUGCCACUCUCAUCUUUUUUUUGCACUAUGAAUUUGCACAAAGCAUAGUGUGAUUGACUGGUUAUAUUAAACACUGAAUAUAUAUAUAUAUAUAUAGCACUGUAUAGUAGUUAG